AUGGCCUUGAAUCCGGAGGACCGCAGUGCUGGGUUCCAGCACAACAAUGUGGUGGCCUUCAUCAAUGAGAAGAUGGCCGGGCACACGAAGGGCCCUGAGUUCUAUCUUGAGAAUAUAUCCCUGUCCUGGGAGGAGGUGGAGAACAAGCUCCGGGACAUCCUGGAGGACAGCGCAGUGCCCACCCAGGCCAAAGACGCCUGUGCCUGGAGCAGCCUGGCCCUGGGCAUGCGCUUUGCCCACAGGCAGAGCCAGUUACAUGGGCACAGGGUGCAUUGGCUGCAGGACUUCACCAAACUGCAUAAGUCCGCUGCAGAGGCCUUGGCCUCACACCUAAAGGAGCUCACAGCACAGCGGGAGAUUGAGCGCAAGGAGUCAGUCUUUCAGCUGCGACAGACACAAGCAAACAUGGCAGAGAUGCGAAAGGAAAGCGACCUCCUGAGGUGGAGGCUCUUCCGGGCUGAACUGGAGUCUCCGCGGAAGCGGACCCAGAUCCCAGAAGAGCCAGGCCUGGCCACUGGCAGUGGGGCUGGAACAGAAGGAGCACAUGAAGAGGAGGAGGAGGCAGGGGCUGCUGCUACUUCUGCUGCUGGUACCACAGGAAGAAGAAGAAGACAAAAGGAUGCAGAAGGGGCAGAGGCCACCAAGAAGCUGGGUAGAGGCCCUGUCCACCUUCCUGGAGCUGAGGAGCAGAAAAAUUACACCUCUGGGCAGGGUUUUACAACUUCAGUACUCUUGGUAGAUACUUGGGGCUGGAUACUUAAGUGUUUCAGGGGACCAUCCUGUGCAUUUAGGAUGUCUGGCAGAAUCCCUAGCCUCUACACACUAGAUGGCAGUAGCACCUACUCUUCCACUGUGACAACUGAAAAUGUCUCCAGAUACUAUAACGUGUCCACUGGAGGGCAAAAUCACCCCUGGUUGGGAACCACGGAAGCAGAACCUGUGAAAAGACAGGAGGAAGAUCAGAAGUUCAGUUUGGGACAUAUUCCUUUUGACACCAAGCAGAGAUCCUGA